CAAGAAAAGGCAGAGAGUGAGUGCAGUUUUCUCUCUCAUUAGGGAAAGACAUGAAGUUUCUCAUUCUAGUCGCUCUGUUUGGCCUGAGCCUUGCUCAGCACAAUCCCCACCUCAAAAGCGGAAGGACUGCCAUCGUCCAUCUGUUUGAGUGGCGCUGGGCUGAUAUCGCUGCAGAGUGUGAGCGCUAUUUGGGUCCUAAUGGCUUCGGGGGUGUUCAGAUUUCUCCACCAAAUGAACACAUUCUUGUGAGCAGUCCCUGGAGGCCCUGGUGGCAAAGAUACCAGCCAAUUGGUUAUAAUCUGUGCUCAAGAUCUGGCAGUGAGGCUGAACUCAGGGACAUGAUCACCAGAUGCAACAAUGUUGGGGUCAACAUCUAUGUGGAUGCUGUCAUCAACCACAUGUGCGGAUCUGGUGGUGGAGAGGGAACCCAUUCUUCCUGUGGCAGCUGGUUCAGUGCAAGCAAAGAGGACUUUCCAAGCGUCCCAUACUCUUAUAUGGACUUCAAUGACAAUAAAUGCAAGACUGGUAGUGGUGAAAUUGAGAACUACAGCGAUCCCUAUCAGGUGCGCGACUGUCGUCUGGUUGGUCUGCUGGAUCUUGCCCUUGAGAAAGAAUACGUCAGGGGCAAAGUGGCUGACUUCAUGAACAAGCUUAUUGACAUGGGUGUGGCUGGAUUCAGAGUGGAUGCUAGCAAGCACAUGUGGCCUGGUGACGUGGAUUCCAUCUACCGUCGUCUCAACAACCUUAACACCAAAUGGUUUCCAAGUGGUGCCAGAGCUUUUAUCUUCCAGGAGGUAAUUGAUCUUGGAGGUGAGGCCAUCUCAGCUCAGGAGUAUGUCCAUCUGGGAAGAGUGACUGAAUUCAAAUAUGGUGCCAAACUGGGAACUGUCUUCAGAAAGUGGAAUGGGGAGAAGCUUUCUUUCACUAAGAACUGGGGAGAAGGUUGGGGAUUCAUGGCUGAUGGCAAUGCUCUUGUCUUUGUUGACAAUCACGACAACCAGAGAGGUCACGGUGCUGGUGGUGCCUCCAUUGUUACCUUCUGGGACGCCAGACUCCACAAGAUGGCUGUGGCCUACAUGCUGGCUCAUCCUUAUGGGCAGGCCAGAGUGAUGUCAAGCUACCGCUGGGACCGUAACAUCGUGAAUGGACAGGAUCAGAAUGAUUGGAUUGGCCCUCCCAGUAAUGGUGAUGGAUCCACCAAGCCUGUUCCAAUCAACCCUGACCAGACCUGUGGAGACGGAUGGGUGUGUGAGCAUAGAUGGCGUCAGAUCAAGAACAUGGUCAUUUUCCGUAAUGUGGUCAAUGGACAGCCUCAUGCCAACUGGUGGGACAACCAGAGCAACCAGGUUGCCUUUGGACGCGGUAACCGUGGUUUCAUAGUUUUUAACAAUGAUGACUGGGCCCUAGAUGUAACCCUGAACACUGGUUUGCCUGGUGGAACCUACUGUGACGUCAUUUCGGGUGAGAAGCAAGGAAGUGGGUGCACCGGAAAGCAGGUCCAAGUUGGAAGUGAUGGCCGCGCCAACUUCUACAUCAGCAAUACAGAGGAAGAUCCUUUUAUUGCUAUCCAUGCUGACUCCAAGCUGUAAACUGUUAACUCCAAAUACAGUUGCAUGAAAUCCUAAAUAAAGUUGCAUGAAAUCCUAAA